AUGUAUCCAUUGCCCUCUGCACUGUGGGAAGAUGGGCAAAGGUUACUCAAGUACUUUUACGCUCUCACUGUCGAGGGAAGUCGGUUCCCUGAAGACAGCUUUUCUAAGCGACUCAUAAAUGAACAGCUGGAGCUCAAGCUUUCGCCCAAAGAAAUUGCAAGCCUGACUGGCAACCUGAUCGGCGGCGGCGUGGACACGACCACUACAACGAUCCUGGUCUUCAUCUUCGCCAUGUGCGCCUUCCCACGCGUUCAGCACAAGGCCCAGGAGGAGAUUGACCGUGUGCUUGCUGGUGAGCCACGCCCACCAAGAUGGGAAGAUGAAGAGUCUCUUCCAUACUGCCGUGCUCUUCUGACUGAGAUCUUCCGAUGGCGCUCUGCCAUCGCGCUCGGCGGUCCGCCACAUGCACCCACCCAGGACGAUAUAUACAACGGCAUGCUGAUUCCUGCCGGUACCACCAUCAUCGGCAACCUGUGGGCGAUACACCGCAACCCACGCGAUUACCCAAACCCAGAUGAAGUGAGGCCUGAGAGGUUUCUAGAUGAGGCUCAGAGGCGGCCGAACCCUAGCAAGAGGGGCAUCUUCACCUUUGGCUGGGGGAGGCGCGUUUGUAGUGGACAGCCGCUUGCUGAGCAAGGCGUAUGGUUCACUAUGGUGGAGCUGCUUUGGGCAUUCCGGAUGCGAUCCGUUGACGACCAGGGAAACGACAAAAAGUUAGACAUAUUUGCGUUUAACAAUAGCCCAGCGCCUCGCCCGCUGCCCUUCAACGUUGAGUUCACCCCUCGUUCUGAGAAGAUCGAGGAGUUAAUCAGGCAAGAAGCAUCAAGGGCGGAGCUGGAGUUGAGGAAAUAUGAUAUCGCCAGCAAGGUCACUCUCGAUAACAACUAG